AAUCGCAAAGCAUACACUUGUUUUCUCGUCCCCUAGUCCUGAGAAAUUCCGUAGUAAUUUUCAGAAAAAUAUUUUCAACAAUUCUAUGCCACAUUCCCCUGAAACAUAACCGCAGACAAUCGCAUUCCAACCGUUGUUUGCAGGAAAAGUCGCAAAUUAGAAUAACACCAAGGAAUGUUGACCAACUAAAGGCGGAGAAUUCCACCGGGAUCGAUAUACCUAUCUCGAACUCUCGAUUAUCCCCAACAUUUGCAAUUCAUCGAUUCAGUGUUGCGCCUGUUCUGUCUAGUUCCUCGUGCUGAUGAAACGUAAAUCCAAGUGAAUGAGUGCAACAGAGCAAAAUCACUGAAAAUACGGACAUUGGGAGAUGUUCAAAGAUUGAACAAUUAAUUUGCCAAGUUUAUCAACAGUUUAGCAACUAUUCGCAACGGCUUCAGUUGAAUGAGAGACCUGACAAUGAUUUGGGAAGGGAAGAUCUUGACAUCAACCCUAAGAUGAACGUGGAUGAGACAAUGCAGUCGGACUCGAUGGGAUACAACGACAGUUGCGGGGAAGCCUGCAAUUCGUCAAGACCAACCUCCUCAGCGGACUCCCUUAAUCACUCGGAGGGCACCUCUUCCCAAGACGACAAUGACGUAUUUGCGCAGCUUGAGGAGACGACCUUGUUGAACCGCAUAGAGGAAAAAUUGAAGAGAAUCGAAGUAAAAGAAACACCACCUGCCGAGCCAGCCCCCGCCUCCAAAACACAGAUUCUAGGGGAGAUUAAAAACCAAAGGAAUACGGAAAACAUAAAAAAACCUAAAGUCGUCACCAAGGGGGAUCUUAAAUUUUUUCCGGGGGCCAAACUUGAAGCUAAGGAUUUUAAUGAUCAGUGGUAUGCAGCCCGAGUAGUAGAAAUAGACUGGGAGGAUCAAGAAGUAUUGAUUCAUUUUGAUAAAUGGAACUCGAGAUUUGAUGAGUGGAUCCCCAUGGACAGCCCUAGGCUCAGAGUACUUCAAAUGCAACCGAGCGAACAAGCGAAACUCGAUUGGGUCAUUGCAACUCCAGAUUCAAAACCUCGAGGUUUUUCAACAGGAGAACGCAUCCUCGCAACAUGGGCAGAUGGCCGAAAGUAUCCAGCCACAGUAAAAGCAGUCUUGGGCAACGAUCGUUACGAUGUUUUAUUCGACGAUGGUUAUGCUAGAGUCGUUCGCUCAUCGAAAAUGACUAAAAUUGCUGGCGCAGUGGAGAAGUCAAGUACACAAGAUCGGUUACCGAUGGAAUCCGAAACGUACAUCGGAAGUAAACAAGAAAGAAGAGACAAAAAACGAAAGCACACAGUGACAGAGUUAUUCAAUAGUAGAAAACGCACAAGACCAGAUAAGGAAGGGCUUUUGAAGAAAGAAGGUAUGCCUGACGCUCCAGAGCAAGAACCUGACGUUCUUGAGCCCAAUGGAGUGGCCCCGAGUUCCGAUUCGGGGCCAGAAAUGCUCAAAGGCUUUCCAAGUCCUAGGAAAGCUAAGAACUUUUCCAAGAAAAAGAAGCAAACAGAGUUUCCUAAGGUCAUGGACGUUGAUCAUGAUUUUGAGGAAGAUCCGGGACCCGAGUGGGUGAAUGGAGAGCCUCAAGGAAUCGAAGCCUUCACUACUGAUGGCAGUAGACGGUCUGUUAUUGUUCCUGAUAAAAGAUUACCAGCUGGUUGGCAGAAACACUUUGUACAGAGAAAAACAGGCAAUUCUGCUGGCAAGUGGGACGUUCUCUUCGUUCACAAAUCAUCUGGAAAAAAAUUUAGAUCCCGAAGUGACCUGAAAACCUUCUUCGAGGGCCAGGGUCAGAUGCAUUACAACACCGACAUGUUUGAUUUCUGCAUUCACCGGAGGAAAAAGUCCGGAGGGAGAAAUAAUGCGGUUAAAUCUGAGAGUCCUGUGGACACCCCGAAGAAGAUCAAAACGCUUAUGCCGAAAGCUAAAACUAGCCCUAGUGCCACUGUAAGUUCUGAAAAUCUUUUACUCAGCCCCGGCAAUUCACCAUACUCCCCAGCGCUUCUUAAUACUUCUGGCGUUGCCACACCGAGUGAUCCAAGUGCGGUGUUCGUGGGAGGCCUCCGGGUGGAGAUGGAAGACGGUGCGUUCAAGUGUCCUAUCGAAGGUUGCGCGAAGACCUUCCGCAAGGAGAAUCUCCUCCAGAUGCAUAUAAAGCACUAUCACAAAGAAUACUCUCAAUACGUGGGUUCCACUCCUAACGUAGCGGAUCUAGCGUACGCCCGGACCAUUGGGGAGUCCAUCCAGGACAUGCCGCCUAAGAAAACCAUUGAUAAACGCAGAUCCCUGCCGGAAAGGCCCACUCACCCGAUCUCCUCAAUGUCCCCACUGGCUGUUCCAGUUCAAGACUCCGUGAGUAUCGAUGGAAACACACCCCGUGAGGAUUCAAAGCUCGACGUGAUGUCACCAAUGUCAAAUUUCGAGAUGGAUGCCACUGAUGAUGUCGUCCAGAAGACGGAAAUGGGAGCUAUGUCCCCAGGUGCUCUCUUCAACAUGAAAAUUCGAGAGGAAAAAACUCAAGUGGGUAUCAAAACUCUGCUCCCUGUGAGGCCAAGUGGAACUGACCCACAGCGAACCGAUCGAUCAAAAUCCCUGGACGAAUCAAAUAAUUUCGAUAAAUUGAAGGGCCAGAGGAAACGACAAUUAUCAGAAUACAGUUCUGACGUUCCUACGAGAAGCAGGAAAUCCAAGGGGAUGCAAGAGCUCACCGACGAGUAUGCGGAUCUCGAUGACAGCGCUCUGGAUGCUGAAGGGCCUGCUGGACUCGUUUACAGAUACAGUCGGAGGAAAUCCGAUCCAAAAAGUGACGAGAAUAGUCAGAGUAACGGUGAAGGUGAGAUGAUAGAAGUGAAUGGUGAAUUAGUGAAAGUCGAACAACUUGAGAGAGAAGAGAUAAUAAAUUGUACGUGUGGAAUAACUGAGGAGGACGGUUUGAUGGUACAGUGUGAAUUAUGCCUGUGCUGGCAGCAUGGCCACUGCAGUGCUAUCGAGCGAGAGCGAGAUGUUCCCGAAAAGUACGUAUGCUAUAUCUGCAGGAAUCCUUGGAGAGGGAGGUCCUCUAUGAAGUACAGCCACGAUCAGGACUGGAUAAAAGAAGGAAAAUUGGAGAUUCUGGAGAAUAGAACGAGGGAUGUCGAGCUAAUAAACAAAGGGAGAUCGAUGCUGAAGAGGUCUUGGGACCUGGUUGGGGCGCUAAUCUACAUCCAGGAGACCCUACAUAGUCUAAGGGUUAAAAUAAAUGUAGCGCAGAAGAAGGAUCAUCCUAAGCUCUACUUGUGGGCGAACAAUUGGGAGAAAUCAGAGAUUGCAGAUGUUAAUUUGAAUCCUGUCCCGAUUAUGGAAGUUAUCGUUCCUAAAACCGUGGUUGAGGACGUUUUUGUUGAACCUAAAGUGAAAAAUGAAGAUACGAUUGAUGAUAAAGCUGGGAAGGAUGAGAAUGAAGGACAAUCAAUAGCUUCCGAUUCGGAACUUAUGAAGAUUCUUGAGGAGGACAAUAAUUCUAUGAUAGGUAAUCAAGGAAACGAUGCGAAAGGAUGUAAAACGGAGGAGGGAAAGACUGAGGGACAUAUUUUGUUGGAUGCCUUGACCAGAUGCGAAGUGAAGGAGGAGGUAAAACCUGAUAUGUCUUUUGAGGCUGCCAAACAGGCCCAUCCAGUUAUACCAGAGCCUGAAGCGCCCAUCGAUUCUUAUGAAUGCAGACUCAGGCUGCUGGAGCAUAUUGAGCAUUUUCAGAAUCAUCUGGACGCGAAAUUGAUGGAAGUAGAGGCACAAGUUGAUGCUUUGGAAGCAAUGGAAGCUAACUAUGAAGUACCAUCUGCUGAUGUGCCAGUACGUGAUAAAGAAACAAUACAAAUGCUGUUGAGAGAUCUAAAGACAAUUCAAAAAUUGGCUACUCAGUGUUAAUUGUUUCUUGUGAAGAUCAUUUGCCUUAUAAGGACUAAAACUAAUAAAAUACAAAUCGUCAAGACGGAUAAAAUAAACGGAAUUAUUAUAAGUUGUGAAACACCUUUGAAUAAUCGAACGAAGUUUUCGUUUUUAUAUAAAAAAGGGUACAAUAGUAUAUACUUAUACCUAGCAUUAGAAAAAUUUAUCCUGUAAUAUAACGGCAACUUCCUUUUCAUUCUUUAGUAACAGAGAGACUAUGUAUUAAAUUAAAUUAAAUUGGGUGGUGCCAGA